CCGGUUUCUUCUAUUUCACACUCUUGAUUUUUUCCCGAGAAAAUAAAAACAAACAGAAAAUAACUCUUUUCCAGAUGGGAAAGCCACGAUUGUUGGAUCUUGAGAACCAUUUUGCGUUUUAUGGGGCAUAUCACAGUAACCCAAUUAACAUUUUGAUACAUACUUUAUUUGUCUGGCCGAUAUUUUUCACAUCUCUUAUACUUUCCUACUUCACCCCAGCUUUCUGUGAUCUUUCUCAAUCUGGGAUUUUUCCUUCUGGAUUUAAUUAUGCUUUGGUUCUCAAUUAUGGAUCUGCUUUUUCUAUUUUCCUAGGCUUGUUUUAUGUAGUUUUGGAUAAGAAAGCUGGGUCUUUGGCCGCUUUGCUGUGCUUAGCUUGCUGGGUUGGAGCUAGUUUCAUCGCUGCAAAACUUGGCUAUUCUCUGGCCUGGAAGGUUGUGCUGGUAUCUCAAUUGCUUUGUUGGACAGGACAGUUUCUUGGCCAUGGAAUUUUUGAGAAACGAGCACCCGCGCUGUUGGACAAUCUUGUUCAAGCUUUACUAAUGGCUCCUUUCUUUGUUUUGCUCGAGGUUCUUCAAUCAUUAUUCGGAUACGAACCAUAUCCUGGUUUUCAGAUGCGCGUAAAUGCAAAGAUCAAAGCCGAAAUCGAGGAGUGGCAGGACAAGAAACAGAAAAAGGUUUCUUAGGUUACAUUGUUGUAAGCUGUAUGUUUGGUAACGAGUAAAUUUAGGUUUAAGUAUAAUGUACUGUUGUGGUAUAAGUGUUGUAAGGCAACAUUGCAUGGAUUUUAAUUAUCCGUGAAAGCAUUGCUAUGAAUUGAACAAUAUUUUGGUGUCUGGAGUAGGACCAGAGAUGUAGUAUAUAAUUAUAAUGCAUUUAUGUAGGUAAUUUUAAAUAUC